AUGAAUCGCCAUGCAAAACCAGGGGUAGCCGGGCCCUCACUGCGGCGGGACCAUAAGCUUACCCCCGUCACCGGCCUCUGUUUUUUUACCUCGACCCGCGGGGGUGGUGAUGGGCAGCAGCAACAGCGGUGUGAGACCUAUCUCCUCGUUGGGGAGGACACAGACCUAAAGGUCUAUGACGGGGAUGGCAGACUGCUCUGCCAGAUGAAGGUUUUCCACGCCCAGCCUAUCCACGGCGUCAGCGUUGGGGGCGGCGAGGAUGGGCAGCAGCAUGUGCUGCUUUGGGGCAACCAAGCUGUAACGGUGCUGCCUCUCAGCCUUAUCGAGGCGCGCCUGUCAGCCAGCGGCGAUGACAACGGGGAACUGCUGCCCGAGAUCGUCGAGGCCAAGGCGCCGGAUUGGAUCUACGACGGCGCCAUCUCGCCAGAAGAGCCUGGCCGCGGCGUUCUGGUCACGGCUCACAACGAGGUCCUCGAGUUUUCCUUCUCUGAGGACGGCAAGACGCUCGAGUUCGGGCGCAUCGUGUCUCCCUCACGGCCGAUUCUGUACUCGGCCAACCUGGCCUGGACUUCCAAGACCUCCGUGCUAGUGGCCGGGGGCACCGCCUUUGGCGAGAUUCUCCUGUGGAAAUGCCACUUUUCUGACGAGAACAAGCCGUGGUGCGAGGUGCUCUUCGUCUUCACGGGCCACGAGGGUUCUAUCUUUGGCGUUGAUAUCUCACCCGAGAUCGACCUCGGAGCUGGUGGCACAAAGGCACGGCUGCUGGCAAGUUGCAGCGAUGACAGGACGAUUCGCAUCUGGGAUAUCUCGGAGAGACCCGACGCACCGCGGCUGCAGUAUGAUUCCUUUGGUGAAGCGAGAGAAACUGGCUUCGGAGGGGCUAUUGCCGAUGCUGCUGCUGCCGCCGCCGCGGCAGAUCUAACUACGACACAGGUCGCAUACAGUGCGCCGCUGGCCAUGGUAAUGGGCCAUAUUUCACGCAUCUGGCACGUCAGGUUCCCCCGCACGCUCAAUGAGCUGGCUUCCGGUAGACCUGCGAGGGUUUUCUCCUUCGGCGAGGAUUCAACUCUCCAGACAUGGACUCUAGAGGUUGACGUGCAGCAGUGGCAACGGAAGUGUCUGACCGCCGCUGCAGCAGCCGAGGAUGACGUGCAGGUCACUGCAAAAAUCAUGCAUCAAGAAACGUACGCGCGUCAUGAUGGAAAGCACAUUUGGGCCACGGCCCUCACACAGUUAGAUAAUGGGGAGGUUCUGGUGGCUACGGGAGGACAGGAUAGUAAGGUUAACCUCUUUUCGGACCGUUCGCGCGCUGCUACCGGGUGCCAUAUUGAGGGUCUGCCGAGUGAACUGCGGACCUUGGUAACGCGGGAUAUAGUCGGCAAGUUGCCGGCCCUCAAUCCUGAAUUUGCUGUCCCAACGCAAACAAAAGAGGCAUUCCAUAGGUUCGCAUUCAUUGAUGAGGAUACACUGCUCGCGACUACCACCACCGGCCGACUUAUGGUCGGCUCGUGGGGAGCUGAGUUGAUGUGGUCUGAGAUCGGCACCAAUGAGGAGACGUUGGCUGCGUUCAGGGCUUGUACAAGUCUGAAGAGCCCGGGUCGGGGGUUGGCGCUAUUGGGUACCGCGAACAAGAAGAUUUUUCUGUAUAGGAACUCGACGGUCCAGGAGAUUGGCACGGUGCCUGGCAAGGUUGCCGAUAUUUUCUGCCUGGACUCCCUGGUAGAGGACAGCGGCCGAUCCAAGCUGGAUUUCCUCGUUACGAUCCUAGGUGGUGAAGCCAGCAUGCAAAUUCUCACUCUGGAUCUGGAAACAUACACGAUACUAUCUAUGGUUCCCACCGACCUUGACAACAGGUUCAUCGUCACAGCGGCUUGCGUUGUCGGCGAUCUCCUAGUCCUCGGCUCUAGGCACGGCUACAUGAGCGCCUUCCGCCGCUCCGGGGACCAGCUGACUGCCAUCCCGGCACCAGACCGCCGGACUACCGACUCCAUAACCUCCAUCGGCCCCCUGUCGACGUCUUCCUCCGUAGACCACAUCAUCGUCACGAGCAGGGAUGGAAACUACCGCAUCUACGAAAUUACACCUUCGGCCCUCCUGCUCCAUCACGAGACCGCCCCCACGGCAGUCCCCAACAUUGAAGAAGCCUGGCUCAUGGGCACCGACCUCAUCCUCUGCGGCUUCCGCAGCAAGAACUUCGUCAUCUGGAACGAGACGCAACAUGAGGAACUCGUGCGCGUCAACUGCGGAGGCGCCCACCGCGCCUUCGCAUACAGCCGCCGGGAUCAUGUCCGAUUCGUCUUCAAUAAGGCCGCAACGCUCGGUGUGUACGAACAACCCGACAACAGUGCCGCCAUCGCCCACCACAGAACCUUGAAGCGCGGUACCCACGGCCGCGAGGUGCGCGCUGUUGCGUACUCUGGGCGGUACGUGGCCACUGGCGCCGAGGACACGGCGAUCCGUAUCUGGGAGUACAAGCCUGCUGCAAACCCCUUGGAGAGAGAAUUACAAUGCGUGAAGAUUGUCAAGGUCCACACCGCCGGACUACAGUCUCUCAAGUGGCUGGGCGAAGAAUACCUUUUCAGUUGCAGUGGAAAUGAAGAGUUCAUGGUAUGGCGUGUCAAGGAUCUUGGUGUCCCUGGGCUGGGACUCAUGCGCGAGGCUGUGUUCACGGACAGGAGCGCCGAAGGUGACCUGCGGAUUACGAGCUUCGAUGUCGCGUGGCUCAAGGAAGCCGUGGCCAUUACCAUGGCGUUCUCGAACUCGGUCGUUAAGACGUAUAGGUACACCCCUGAAGGCGGCUUCGAGUUGUUGGUCAAGGGGCAGUAUACCGGCGCGUGUCUCGUCCAGGUACGCCACCUUCGUAUUUCCCCAGAGGGAGUCUUGGACAUCGUCACCGCUGCGACAGACGGGCACCUUGCCGUCUGGCGGUCUUCGUGUGACGAGUACGUCCUCAAGUACACGACAAGGAUCCACCAGAGCAGCAUCAAGGCCCUCGACGUACAUGCCAACUCAGAGCGGUUCGUGGUUCUUACCGGCGGCGACGAUAACGCCCUCGGCGUGACGACCUUAGAUCCCAAUGCCGACUUCGCGCCAGUGGCAAGAGCGGGUGUCAGAAAGGCCCACGCUGCGGCCAUUAACGGUCUUACGUUUCUCAAGGAGACAAAUGGCGGGGGGAUGGUGUAUGCGACCGCGAGCAAUGACCAAAGGGUGAAGAUGUGGAAGCUUUGCUGGCGGGGUGGCGUUGAGGAGAUCACGCUGUUGGCGGAUGAGUACAGCGGCGUCGCUGAUGCUGGGGAUCUGGAGGUUAUUGGAGAUGGGAAAAUGGUUGUUGGCGGAGUUGGGUUGGAGGUUUGGGAUUGGGCUUCGAGUGUUUGA